AUGUUCGCCAAACUCAGUGCCCUUGCCCUUGCGCUCCCCAUUGCCGUUUCGGCUCUUACCCUCAACACCCCUACCAACCUGUCUUCAGGAGGUACGGCUACCAUCACCUGGACGACGACGACAGGUGAUCCCUCUACAUUCACCUUGGAAUUGGUCAACACUCUGUUCCACAACACAUUUGCCAUCGCAAACAAUGUGCAGUCCUCUUUGGGUACUUUGACCCUUGAACUACCCAUUGUACCCGUUGGUGAUGGUUAUACCAUUGAGGCAAUUGAAAAUGGUAACAUCAACGAAAUCUACGACACCACCGGUGAUUUCGCAGUCGCCUCGGCUACUGUCGCGUCUACUACGUCCACCUCGUCCGCUGCAUCAACGGCCUCUGGAUCCGUGUCUGCCACUACAACUGCCCCUGCAAGCUCUGCUACGUCUGCAUCCGCUUCUGGCACCACGACGACUGCCAGUGGUUCCGCCUCGCCGAGUAGCUUCAAUGCUGCCUCCUCUGUGAAAUUCGGAUUCAGCUCUGGAUCUGCCGCUGUUGUUCUCCUGUCCGCCGUUGUCGGAGCUGCUGCAAUCUUCUAA